GCACUGGACAAAGCAAGUUUGCAUCGAGUCAUUACCAGUCCACCAGCACAGCAUGAGUUACGAAUCGAGAGGCUACAACCGAUCGCGUCACGAAGGUGGCGGUCGUUACAGAAGAGGAUCCGGCGGACAUCACGGAGGCGGUGGUCCGCGUUACAGAGAUGACCGAAGACCUUAUCGACGCCCGUACGAUCGCGAACCUUCGCCUCAAAACGACGAUGUGGACGACAUUGAAGUGCGUUUGAAGGGACUUAUUGUCAAAAUUGGUGACAAGAUCUCGCCUGAACUUGAAGUCAACUUGAACAAAAUGAAAAAUAUUCUGGAUAACGAUUACGCCAAGUAUCCCGAUACCGUUCAAAGCACAAUGAAAGCAUGUAUCAGCGAGAUUCCUGCAAAAGCCCCGGUGUAUGGCUCACUGAUGGGUUUAUUGAACGUAUCGAAUAACGAUUUAGUCGCACGCCUUAUGACCGAUUUUAACAAUCUGAUGCAAGAAACCGUGAGCAGCUGCGACUGGUUCAAGCUGAAGCAGUUGAUCCGCUUUUACGGCGAACUGACGAAUGCUAAUGUGAUCACCUCCGCAGCUUAUUGCAACCUCCUCAACGAUUUAUUAGCCGUCUUGGAAGAACCUCAUCUUCUUCGACGUCGUGCUGACAGCGCCGUCUAUAUUGUGUUAUCCACCUUGCCUUGGAGUGGCAAAACAUUGAGCGAAUCCAAUUUCGAGGAUUUGAACCAAAUCCUCAAGAAAAUUGAAUUAUACUUGCAGCAGCGAAAGGAAAGCGAUGCAGUGGAUCUUUUGCAGCAAUAUCACGGCGAUGACUCUGUGUCAAACCAGGAUUCAUUGGCUCACAUUUGGGAAUUGAUUCAACAAUUGCAAAAUAAUGGUUGGAACGUGGAUGUCCUGCCAAAGCCUUAUCGCUGGUUCCGUCAAGAGUUCGAGGCAGCAACACAGCAUGAGAUUCCUCGUUUGGAGUUGCCUGCCCAUUCUGAUACUAGCAUUUAUUGCACCCCCACGAGAAUUCUGAAUCUCUUGAUGGAUGAAAACAAGCAGAGCGUGGGUCACUUGCCGGAUCAUAUGAGCUUAAAUUAUUUCAUAUUGCAAGAUGUCAUUGUGGACACCCUCCAUAUUUUCGAAUCCAACCGCAAAGAAUGUGCCAAAUACCUUAUGGGUAUCCCCAACAGCUUCGAACCUGGUCACUUUGAAUCAUCAUCGUCCUUGCAGAGCGCCGAUCGAAUGGAUGAGGAUGAGGCCGGUUGGAGUUUGCCUGAUCUGUUGUUCGAAGUGAUUAUAGCGCAAAUGUUGGCGUUGCCAUCGGCUCCCUAUAGACAAGUAUUCUACAGCUGUAUUCUCAUGGAACUUUGCCGCGCAGAUACAGCCAAUUUCCCUAGAGCAUUAGGUCGAGGUGUCAAAGUGAUGUUUGAGCGAUUGCCCAACAUGGAUGCCGAAUGUGUUUAUCGUCUGUGGUGUUGGUUCUCUCACCAUCUUAGCAACUUUGGUUUCCAGUGGGAUUGGGAUGCUUGGAAAGAUGCGUUAAGUUUGGAUCCGCUCCAUCCUCAAUUGUGCUUCAUCAGAGAAACUUUGGAAAAAGAGAUUCGCCUGAGUUACUAUGAGCGUAUCAAGUCCAUCAUCCCCGAGGCUUUCCGCAGCGUCAUUCCUAGCGCUGCACCCGCCCCUGAUUUCAAGUAUAAAAACCCUGAAGACCCACUUCACCAGUCCGCAAAGACCAUGAUUGAAAAUAUGCGUGCCAAAAAGACCGUGGAAGAAAUCCGCGCUAUUCUGGAUAAAAUCAAGGAAGAUCAAGCCUCACAAGGAAUCAGCGAAGAAGAACAGAACAGCGCUGCUCGCGAAGUAUUUUUGCAUUCACUUUUAUUGGUCGGCAGCAAGAGUUUCUCCCACGUGCUGAAUGUCGUUGAACGUUAUCUUGAAGUGAUGCGUUACGUUAAUUCCACUCCGGAAGCUCGUCUACACACCGUCCAGGUGGUAGCCUCUUUUUGGAAGAAUAACACCCAGUUCUUGGGCAUUAUAUUAGACAAGCUUUUAAAUUAUCGCGUGGUGGAUCCAACCUCUGUUAUUGCUUGGGUUUUUGAAGCGGAUCAGUUGACAAAUGCGGGACGAUCUUAUCCUUGGGAGAUCCUGAAAAAUACACUAAACAAGGUGGUCUCUCGAGUUGUGCAGGUGAAAUCCAAGUUGGAAAGCUUCCAAAAUCUUCAUACCGCGAAUCAAGCGCGACGAGCAGAAGAGCCUACAACAGAGAUGGCACAAGCAGAAGCUCAACAGGAAUUGGAUACGUUACGCAUUGUGGAAAACUCGCUUGCUAUUGUUACCCGAGAAGAGAAGGAAGUGUUUAUGGUCGUGUAUCAGAAAUUCGUUCAUGUUUUACAGGAAAUGCUGGUUUCCUAUUCUGCACAAAGCAUAGAUCCCAAUCAAAACUGGACAUAUUGGUGGGUGCUUGGAUGGUACAGAGAAGUGCUUCGCUUGUAUUUCAAAGAAUGCACCGGUUUUAUGACCACCUUGGAAAGCAUUGUGUUUACUCCCGAUAUCGAUCACCGUAUCACAGGUGUCUUUCAAGAGAUUCGAUCUCUCAGUCAAACGUUCAGUUCAACUGUAUAAUAAGCGGUUACAUAAUAAAAAUUUUCACCUGGUCACCAUUUUUGUGUGUUGUAUGUCUAGGCACCAAAAACUCUGCGCAAGCGAAAAACUCAUUCAAAUAAC